AUGGAAGACUCUGCUGACCAGAAGGAAUCCGGACGCGCUUUGCGGCCCGUCUUUCCUCUUCUUCACCUACAGGACCAUGCAGAACAAGUUCUACGCGAGCAGCUGCUUGCCGCCCACCUACAGUCGGCAGCUCACCCUGCUCCGCCGCCUCCCCGUCCGCAGCCAGGCGUCGCGGCACACCUCCAGGCCGCGGCGGCUGCUGCUGGUGCCGGCGGCCAGAGAGACCACAUCAACAUAGAUCCCGCCAUAUCGGGCCUCGCGGGCGCCCAGCAGGUGCAUACCACGGCCGGCAUGCUCGCGCAGCCACCGCAGGCCCAGGUCCAGGUCGGCCAGCAGGACAUGUCCGGUGCCGGCGGUUCCAUGGACGAAGGCGGUGAGUCGCGCAAGGUCUACGGCAAACGCGAGCUGUCUUCCUCUAAACGCGCGGCGCAGAACCGUGCUGCUCAGCGCGCCUUCCGCCAGCGUAAAGAAGGAUAUAUCCGCAAACUCGAAGAACAGGUCAAGGAAUACGAGAUGCUGCUCGAGAACUACAAGGCCAUCCAGGCUGAAAACUACCAGCUGCGCGAGUACAUCAUCAGCCUGCAGUCACGGCUCAUCGACUCGCAGAACGAGGUCCCGGAGCUGCCCAGUAACAUCGACCUCAGCCAGCCUCGUCCGGAGCCCGCCAUGAUCGCCUCUGGCGGCCAGCAGCAAGGCCAGCAACAGGGUCAGCAACAGGGCCAGCAAGGCCAGCAGCAGCAGCAGCAGCAGCAGGGCAACCAGCAGAGCGGCGGAGCGGGUGGCCAGCCCUCAGGCCAGCAUGUCCCCCCCGGAUCACAGUCAGAGCUCAACGCCCUCAACCGUAUCGCCGUUGCUGGUCUGGGUAUGAGGAAACAUCAGCACGAAGAGGCAGCCUUCUUGGGACAGAGCGGCAACUUCUCCAAACGCACCAGACAGGACGGACAGGACGACUCCCAGACUGGAGAGCAAUCCAAAUCAGAUCAGAUCUAA